CCUUUUCGUGGCGGUGGGUCGCAGCCGCUGUGUACCCGGUCUGGCUCUUUCCUAGCCAAAUUCUCCACGGUGUGAAUUUGGAAUCCCCCCUCCUUUUUUGGGUGAAAAUCAUAAAAAAUUAAUUCCUAUCAAUCCCCUUCUAAUCUCUUGCACGUUCGCGUUUUUUAUUCAGCUCUAAUCUUCGCUAGAUAGCCUGGAAAAAUGGCGGUGGUAAGCGGGAUGUCGGGGUCGGCGGUAGCCCGGCUGGAGGGCCGAGAAUUCGAAUACCUGAUGAAGAAAAGGUCGGUGACCAUCGGCCGGAACUCGUCGCAGGGCUCGGUGGAUGUCAGCAUGGGCCACUCCAGCUUCAUCUCACGACGGCAUCUCGAAAUCUUCACCGCGGGGGAAGACAGCGCGGGCACGGGCGAGUUUUAUCUCCGCUGCCUCGGUAAAAACGGGGUGUUUGUGGACGGGGUGUUCCAGAGAAGAGGGGCUCCACCUUUACAGCUUCCCCGAAUGUGUUGUUUUCGCUUCCCCAGCACAAGUAUUAAGAUCACGUUCACAGCACUGUCCAGUGACAAGAAGGAGCCAAGGAACGUGCCGGUUUCACCGGUCAAACCCAUUCAACCUCAGAUUUCCCCGCUGACCAUCAACAUUCCUGACAACAUCGCCCACCUCAUGAGCCCGCUGCCCUCACCGACGAGUACCAUUAGUGCUGCAAACUCCUGCCCUUCAAGUCCACGUGGGGCGGGACUGUCCAGCUACAGGACGGGCCGUGUUCUGGCAUCAGACCUUAUAGGAGACAACUCCCAAUCCGAAAAUGACAAGGAGGCUUCAGGUGAAGACAGCCCAAAGGACGACUCAAAACCUCCAUAUUCAUACGCACAACUAAUAGUCCAAGCGAUCACCAUGGCCCCGGACAAGCAGCUGACGCUCAACGGGAUCUAUACUCACAUCACCAAGAACUACCCCUACUACAGAACAGCAGACAAAGGCUGGCAGAACUCAAUCCGCCACAACUUGUCUCUGAACCGUUACUUCAUCAAAGUGGCUCGUUCUCAGGAGGAGCCUGGCAAAGGUUCCUUCUGGAGGAUCGACCCGUCCUCAGAGGGGAAGCUGAUAGAACAGGCCUUCAGGAAGCGCAGACCGCGGGGCGUGCCCUGCUUCCGCACGCCCGUAGGACCCCUCUCUUCCAGGAGUGCACCGGCUUCCCCCAACCACACAGGGGCGCUGUCUGCCCACUCCAGUGGGGUGCAGACCCCUGACAGCCUGUCCAGAGAGGGUUCUCCGGUCCCCACAGAGCCAGAGUCAGUCGCACCGCCAGCCUCCAUCACCCCCACCACAGUCCAGCCCAAACUCGCCGUCAUCCAGGAGGCCCGCUUCGCUCCCAGCGCCCCUGGCUCACCGCUGAACAACCAGCCGGUAUUGAUCGCCGUGCAGCGCCAGAUGCCUCAAACGACCAUGAAGCCUGUGACCUACGCCAUGGCAUCACCGGCCAUUGUAACGACGACAGUAAGCUCCGCCCCCGUCAUGCAAACUGUGCACGUUGUCCAUCAGAUCCCAGCUGUCACCAUGGCAACUGUCACUGGACAGCCUGCUGCUACGGUCAAAGUGGAACCUCAGGAGAACGGAGGAGGAGACCACCAGGAGAUCAAAGUAAAAGUGGAGCCAGUGCCGUCGAUCACGGCCCCAUCUAUAGGUGGCAUCGGUCACAUCAUCCAGACCUCUCAGGCCGCGCCGAUCGCCGCGGUAACCAUCGUGCAACAAGCCCCACUGGGUCAACACCAGCUUCCGAUCAAAGCCAUCACACAGAACGGGACUCAUCUUGUCCCCAUCAGUGCCGCCGCUAGCACAGCCGUUGCAAACCCUCUACACCUGCUGGCGACUCAUGCUUCAGCCUCGCCGUCGCUCCCCACCAAGAGGCAGAACGGAGAACUGCAGGACCUGCCAGAAUCGAAACGGCUGAAAACAGCCGAGGAAGACGAGGGCCAACCGGCGGCCAUAAACAACAGCACAGACAGAGCCGGGGAGGGCGGAGUCAGUGAACAGGUUGGCGAUGUGUAGCCCCGCCCCCGUCCUGACACCUUCAUCACUCUGAGGUCUCACCCUCACAUCCAUCCUGUUGGCAUCAACUCCAAGGUGUCAAAACACGUGGGAUUAGAUUUGUCAGAAGCGUUAACGAGAUUUCUUAAUUAUCAAAUGAAAAAAAAAGUCUGAAUAAUCUUGAGGAAAAAUGACCUGUAACCUCGUUAACUGUCACUUAUUAGUGUUGAACAGUCCUUAUUUUUUUUCUGAUGUUAAUCUGCUUCAGUAAUCUGUUAAUCCGAUUUUUUUUUUUUUUUUUAUCUAUGUGCACAUCCUGUGAUUAAAUCCCAACUAAAGAGAAAACAUUUGAGCAUUGAAGAACUGUUGAAAAUCAGGACAGUUCCUCCAGGAAUCUGAAUGGACAGAAGAAGUGGGGAAAACAAAGCUCCAUUAUCGUUUCAUCCAUGGAAUUUUUAUAAUCCAGAGCGGAGGGAGUCCUGAUCAUGUUUUUGCUCUUGUUCCAAUCGGAGUUUAACAAAAAAAAACUUUAAAAAUGUACAGAUAUUUCUAUUUAAUAAUGUAACACAGCAUGAUUGUUAACAUUCAUUAAAACAACUAUUUAGAUAUAUUUGAACAAUUUCAGGAACAAAAUAUCUCAUUCAUCUUGUUCUAAAUGAUCAACCGCCGCACAGCGGAAAAGUCCAAACAGAUCAUAGAAGACGAGCUGCGACGACGACGACUCCUGUUAGAUGGAAUACAAAGAGUUUCUCUGUUUCCACCUUUCAAAUGAGUUUGAAGAAGUUGUUUAUGCGGUGGCUUUCGGUAAUCAGCACGGUGGCUGUUUGCCCUGCCAUGGACUGGGCAGGAUGGCCGCCAGGUGCAGCCUAAAAUUCUGAUUCUCCAGAAAGUAUUUCAUGAUGAAAACGCUUUAUCGUCAGAGCAGGUAGCAGCUGCGCUUGCGACACUUAUUUUGAAAGGUAGCGCCACCGCUCAGAGUAACUGGGGGCUGACAGUAGUAAGCUAACUUGGGAAGUUGUUUUUGUGGCGGCACUAUUGUCUUAAACGUUAACUCAGUCAUUGACUGUGGCAACAGAAAACCCAGCAGACUCUUAUUUUUAUUUAUUUUGUAACUGCCAACUCAUCAGGUACGCCACCUCGCUGUGCUCCCCGCUAGCUUACCUCGCUGUCUUGAAAGAAAUGCUUUUUAAGAUUUUAAACUAUUACAGCACUACUUUGGAAAAACUGCCGUAUCUGUAUGGACACCUGGGUCUUUUUUGAUAUCUAAGACAUUUUGUGAAAUGUGUCGUACAAAUCUAAUCCCAAGAAGAAGACGUGGCCGACAGAACGAGUGGACACAUCCUCAUUGAACUUAAAGCAAAAAAAAACAAACUAAUUGUCGAAAUAAAAAGCAAAAAUGAAAGAAAAAUCCUCCAGACAACGAGAAGCAGUACAGGAAGACUUCACAAGGAAAAUUAAAAUAAUUCUGAGUUUUAAGGUAGCGAUUUCUUGAACGUUUUCAUUGCGAUCUGUCGGGACUUUUCUGCCAAGUUGGGAUCGGUUCUGAUCUGGUUUGCUCACUUCAAACCUUUCCUUGCAUUUCAACCAAACAUGAGAUUAUGAGCUUAGACCGCCAAACAGGACCUGAAUUGGGUGCUGAUGUCACUUGUGGGCGUGUCUAAUUCUACCUUCCGGACAAGCGCAUGGAAAUAUGGGCUGAAUUGUGAUCUAGCACCAUGUGUUUUGGUGGGGUUUGUGAGAAAAUCCCACCCUGAUUGGAAACAAAAGGUAAAAUAAAUAGGGGUGGGGGGGGGGGGGUUGCUGUUGUCAUGGUAGCACAACAGAUGAGCACUUGCUGUGGAUAGAAAGCGAGAAUUGUGCAGUCGAAGCAGGUGAGCCUGUGUACGUAUGGACAUUCCCGUCUUCGGCAGCUAGCUUCCACGUUAACCUCACUAAUGAGUCCUGAGUAGAUUAUGCAGUAUUCUGUUGUACACUUUUUGUUUAUUUUGGCCCGUUUUCCCACGGCACAGAUAGUAUCUAGUAAUAAUUACAAUACUAAAGCUAUGAGUGGAGUCUUUAAGAACAUUUUGACAUCACCUGAUCUGUUGGGAUUUUUUUUGUUUUGUUUUUUACGUGGACUGUUUGGUGAAAUGAAUGUAGUUUCUUUUCAACAAAAAACACUAUUGGAGUUUAUUUUCUGCUCACUCCUGCAAAUUAAACUUAUCACUGCACAGCU